GGAGGAAUACUGGGAACACUGGAAUACUGGAAUACCACUUUAACCUGCUGUGACCAAAACACACGUCUGAAUUCCUGUUUGAACUGCCUGCCUGGUGAGUUUUUAUCUUCAAUCAGAGACGAAAUGGCUUCCAGCUCAGAGGAGGAUCUCUGCUGUCCUGUCUGUCAGGACGUCUUUAAAGAUCCUGUCCUCCUGUCAUGCAGCCACAGCUUCUGUAGAGCCUGUCUGCAGAGCUGGUGGACAGAGAAACCAAUAAAAGACUGUCCAGUUUGUAAGAGAAGAUCUUCAAAGAAUGAUCCACCUUGUAACCUGGCGUUGAAGAACCUGUGUGAGGACUUCUUACUGCAGAGAGAUCAGUCAGAGCUUUUUUGCAGUCUGCACUCUGAGAAACUCAGGCUCUUCUGUCUGGACCAUCAGCAGCCAGUGUGUCUCGUCUGUCGAGAUUCAGAAACUCACACCGACCACAGAUUGAGACCCAUCAACGAAGCUGCACGAAACCACAAGAAGGAACUUGAGGAAUCACUGAAGCCCUUCCAGGAGAAACUGGAGCUCUUUAAUAAAGUUAAAGCAAACUGUGAUGAAACAGCAGAGCACAUUAAGGUCCAGGCCCGACACACAGAGAGGCAGAUUAAGGAGGAGUUUAAGAAGCUUCACCAGUUUCUCCAAGAGGAAGAGGAGGCCAGGAUGGCCGCUCUGAGGGAGGAAGAGGAGCAGAAGAGUCGGACGAUGAAGGAGAAGACGGAGGCUCUGAGCAGAGAGAUGGCAGCCCUUUCAGACACAAUCAGAGCCAUAGAGAAGGAGCUGAGAGCUGAAGACGUCUCAUUCCUGCUCAACUACAAGGCUACAGUGGAGAGAGUCCAGCGCCCCCUGCUGGAGGAUCCACAGCUGCUCUCAGGAGCUCUGAUAGACGAGGCCAAACACCUGGGCAACCUGAGCUUCACCGUCUGGGACAAGAUGAAGGAGGUGGUCUCCUACACUCCUGUGGUUCUGGACCCCAACACUGCCAACACAGAGCUCGUCCUGUCUGAAGAUCUGACCAGUGUGAGACAAGGACAGAGACAGAAACUUCCUAAAAACCCAGAGAGGAUUGGGGGUGUCCUGGGAUCUGAGGGCUUCAGCUCAGGGACUCACAGCUGGGACGUUGAGGUUGGAGAAAGUCCUGGCUGGUUACUGGGUGUGAUAACAGAGUCUGCCCAGAAGAAGAAAGAUCCACAGUCUGGAUUAUGGACAGUAGUUCUCACUCAGGGUAAAUAUGCAGCCGUCUGUGAAACAGAUAAAGUCACGACUCCAGUGCAUAAGAAGCUCCAGAGGAUCAGAGUUCAUCUGGACUGGAACAGAGGACAGCUGACCUUCUCUGAUCCUGAUACUAACACACACAUACACACCUUCACACACACUUUCACUGAGAAGCUGUUUCCAUUGUUUGAUACUAAACAGAAAGUGCCUCUGAAGAUUUUACCAGGGCAUGUCUCUGUAGGAGUGAAACAGCACAGGUAGAGAUGAUGCUGAUGGUUUUAAUUCUGGUUAAGAUGAUGAUGAUGAUGAUGAUGAUGAUGAUGAUGAUGAUGAUGUCAUGCUGUAUUGCAAGCCAUCUGUUUUUAGCGGUAAUUAGGGUAAUUCUCUCAUUUAAAGAAUUCAUUACAUAAACAUCAGAAAUAGUUUUUAUUUCCAGGGCAGUUUCAUGUUU